AUGAUACAUGGGCCCUGUGGGAGCAUUUACCCUCUGUCACCAUGUAUGAAGGAUGGAAAUUGUACAAAAAUGUAUCCAAGAGAUUUUUUAAAAGAAACACAAACGGGUCAUGACGGAUAUCCACUUUAUCGUAGAUGGAAACCUGAAGACGGAGGCCAAGUAACAAUAAAGAAAGUUCGUGGCUCUGAGGUUGUGAUAGAAAAUCGAUGGAUUGUUCCUUUUUGUCCAUUGUUAUCAAGAGCAUUCAAUGCACAUAUUAACGUCGAAUACUGCAGUUCCAUAGAAUCUAUCAAAUAUGUGUGCAAAUAUAUAAACAAAGGUUCUGACAUGGCUAUAUUUAAUUUAACAAAUAAUGACAUUCAGUACGACGAAAUUCAAACGCAUGAAAUAGAAAGAUAUCUCAGCAGCAAUGAAGCAGUUUGGAGGAUAUUGGGGUUUUCUAUUCACGAAAGGCAUCCCAAUGUUGUUCAUUUAAGUGUGCAUCUUGACAAUGGUCAGAGAGUUUACUUUACAGAAGAAAAUGUUUUAGAACGAGUGCAAGAUCCACCAGAAACUACUUUAACUGCAUUUUUCUCUUUAUGUCAAAGUGAUGCAUUUGCUCUAUCUUUAUUGUACCAUCAAGUGCCUAAAUAUUAUACUUGGAAUAAAAGCAACAAGAAAUGGGUUCCUAGGAAAUCUGGACAAACUGUGCCUGAUCACCCAGGGAUUAAAUCAAGUGAUGCCCUUGGUCAUGUCUACACCGUUCACCCAAGUAAUUCGGAAUGUUUCCAUCUAAGAUUAUUGCUUCAUGAGGUUAUAGGCCCAACAUCUUUUUCUGAUUUAAAAACAUUGAAUGGAAUUGUUUGUGAAACUUUCAUACAGGCUUGCGGACUGAGAGGGCUUCUGGAAGAGGAUUCUCAUUGGAAAAGUACGUUAGAUGAAGCAGCUACAACGCAUUCAGGGAGAAUGUUGCGAGAUCUAUUUGCAGUUAUUCUUCACACUUGCUGCGUAUCUAAUCUUGUACAGUUAUGGAAUUUACAUAGAGAAAAUAUGUCAGAAGACAUUUUGCAUAAAACAAGAAUUGCAGUUAAUAAUAUGGAUUUAGAUUACAAUGAUGAAAUAUUUAAUAGCGCUUUACUUGCUCUUGAAGAUAAAAUUAAAACAUUGGGAGGUACAGAUUUAAAAGUGUUUGGACUUCCAGAGAUACACCGUGAUAUCAAUAACAGUUUAAAUUAUGAAAUAAUAAGAGAGACACGUUACAACAUUCAUCAACUAACAUCAUAUAUUGAAACAAAUGAACCUAAUCUGAUUGACGAUCAAAGACUUGCUUUUGAAAAAAUUACAUCUGCAGUUUUUACAGAAACUGGUGGUAUAUACUUUUUGGAUGCUCCAGGUGGAACAGGUAAAACGUACCUAAUUAAUCUUUUAUUAGCAAAAGUUAGACAAAGGAAUCUAAUUGCUCUUGCAGUAGCUUCCUCUAGCAUUGCUGCAACUCUCUUGACGGGCGGAAGAACAGCUCAUUCAGUCUCCAAAUUACCAAUAAAUUUAUCGUUUGUUGAAAAUCCAGUUUGCAACAUCUCAAGAAGUUCAGAUAGAGCAAAAUUGCUUAAGAAGUGUAAAUUAAUUGUAUGGGAUGAAUGUACAAUGGCACAUAAGUUGGCAUUGGAAGUUCUUAAUACAACUAUGCAAGAUAUUUUUCAAAAUAACAAGUGCAUGGGUGGCGUAACUCUGGUUUUAUCUGGUGAUUUUCGCCAAACUUUGCCUGUUAUUCCACGAGGCACAAAAGCAGAUGAAAUGAAUGCAUCGAUAAAAGCAUCUUAUAUAUGGAAAAUGUUCAAAGAUUUGGAUUGA